UGUUCCAGGACCUGGGUGUGUUGGUGCUGUCCGGAGCCUCUGAGGGCUACAACGUGUGUCUAUUUGCUUACGGACAAACAGGAUCUGGAAAGACGUACACCAUGAUGGGGACACCGGACUCCAUUGGCUUGACUCCUCGGAUCUGUCAGGGUCUCUUUAGGUCUGAAGACACUUUUCCUGAUGAGCAAAACUCAAGCAGAGUGGAGAUCAGCUUCCUGGAGAUCUAUAACGAGCGUGUGCGAGACCUGCUGAGAGGAGGCGAGCAGAAGAAGAGAUCCUCCCUGAGAGUGAGAGAACACCCUGAGAAAGGACCGUAUGUACAAGACCUGUCACAGCACGUUGUCUCGGACUGCAAGCAGGCCAUGGAUCUUUUGGAGGAAGGCAUCGCCAACCGGAUCACCGCGGCAACCCACAACCACGACGCCAGCAGCCGGUCCCACGCCAUCUUCACCAUCCAGUACACACAGGCGAUCCUUGAAAAUAACCUUCCUUCAGAAACUGUCAGCAAGAUUAACCUGGUGGAUCUGGCUGGGAGUGAGAGAGCAGACCCUCACUACUGCAGGGACAGACUCACAGAGGGCUCCAACAUCAACAAGUCUCUGGUCACUUUGGGUAUCGUCAUAUCUGCUCUUGCCCAGAACUCCCAGAUGUCCAGCAGCUGCCAGAGUAUCAACAGCAUGGCCUCUGAGGGCGAUGGCAGCACAGGGGGAAGCCACAGCAGCUCCCUGUCUGGAGGAGGGGGAGGAGGAGGAGGGAGGAGGCACUGCUUCAUCCCAUACAGAGACUCAGUCCUCACCUGGCUACUGAAAGACAGCCUGGGCGGCAACUCCAAAACCAUCAUGAUUGCAACGGUCUCUCCCUCUGCUAACAGCUACAACGAGACCCUUAGCACCCUGCGCUAUGCUGCACAUGCCAGAAAUAUUGUCAACAAGCCCCGGGUUAAUGAGGAUGCCAGUGUUCGGCUGAUCAGGGAGCUGAGAGAGGAGAUUGACAGGCUGAAGAGCAUGCUGCUCAGCUUUGAAAUGCAACGUAAUCCCAGUCCAUCCCUGAGCGAUGAGAGGGAUGGAAAUCUCUCUGACAUCGUGCUACAGAACGAACUGAAGGUGGAGCAGCUGACGAAGGACUGGUCGGAGAGCUGGAGAGACAAGAAGGAGCUGCUGGAGCAGUACAGCGUGGACAUCAACCGAGACCGGGCAGGAUUCCUCAUCAACUCCCUCCGACCGCACCUGGUGACUCUCGAUGGGGACGUCCUCAGCACCGGGGUCGUCUUCUAUCACCUCAGGGAAGGAGUUACCCACAUAGGACCUCAGGAACAGUAUAAAGAACCACAAAUAGUUCUGCAGGGAAGUGCCAGCUGUGAGAUUGAAAACCACGGAGGUGUGGUGACACUCAGGCCGCUGCCCGGCUGCGUCUGCCUGCUCAACGACAGAGAGGUCACUGAGCCCUGCAGACUGGCUCAAGGGACGGUGAUCACCUUGGGAGGAGAGCAUAAGUUCCGCUUCAACCACCCGGCGGAGGCAGCCGUCCUCCGGGAACGCAGACGGGCAAGUGAAGGUGGGAUGAGCUGCACCUACAUUGAUCUAUGUCCCUUGACCCCUGACCAAAGUGUUGAAGAAGAGAAUCUCCAAGGCCAGCUGGGUGCCUGUCUCUCCCCCAGCGAGGAGCCCGCUGCCAGGCAGAGUGUGCAGGAGCAGCAGAGCUACGUGGAGAGCUUGCGUCAGGAGAUUCAGGCAGAACAAAGACGGGCUGAGAGAGAGCUGGAGAGGGAGCAGGCCCUCCUCCGACAGCAGCACACUGAGAUCCAGCAGUGGAUUUUGCAGGAGAAGCAGCACCUAACAACUGUUGAGCAGAAAGUCACCCAAGAGUCUGGGGUACAGGCAGAUCUGAUCCCUGCAUCCCUCCUGGAGCGAGUGGCAAGUCAGGCGUUUCGUGAUCAGGAGGAUCAGACAGGAUACCGUCUGUCUCACGUGGUUCGGGCGAGGAAGAAGUCGAUGCAGGAGGAACUGCUGAAGCAUCACGCCCUCUGCCGUGCCGAAAGCCGAAUCCGAAGGAAAAAGUUACACUACCAGCUGGAGAGGAUUGCACGCAAGCGGCAUAUGUUGGAAGCUAAGAAGGAAUUGCAACGGCUGGAAAAGUCUCUGCCUCCAGGACCAGAGAGCCCCGAGUCUCCUGAGCUGGUGACCCCCACAAAGCUCACGGAGAGAGAGUUUGUCCCUCGUAGACACUCAUUCUCCGCAGACCUUCUUUCCCGGCUUUACCCCCAGAACACACCGAUCUUCAGACACUUCCUCAAGAGAAACAGAUCCACAGAACUGAUGCCGAAUUCCUUCACAACCUCUGACUCCAGUAGCCACCAGGAGUGGGUUUCUGAUGAACGCCUUCCCCGGGAAAGAUCCCAGAGUUGUUCUGGUAAACUCUUCUCAGGACAAAGUCAAGCCUGCCGGAGUAGAGUAGGUUCCUCUGAAAACCUCAUGCUAACACCCAAAGAGGGGCCCCAAGCUCAGCGCUGCAGGGAACGACCAGAAAGAAAACCUCUUUUGCCAAACCGAGACCUGAAUUUUAAGAACAGAUCGGAUCAACUCUCAACGUUUUCUCUUAAGUCGCCACUUGGAACUACAGUGCAGCCCAGCAGCAAAGAAAAUAUACAAGAACCCAAAACACGCAAAAUGAGCUCUCAGACUGUCCCGUGCAUGAAUGCAGUAACUCAACCCCAUGCCGGUAACAGCGGACUAGAAACCAUCAAGAAGACUUUCUCUCACUCUGUGGGGCCCAGGUUAAAAACAGCUCUUUCCAAAGUGUUCAGAAAACCAACAUCAGGUGUGAAUGGAGCACAAGGCCACAAACGUCCGGGGAGGAUAGCGAGCAAGUUUCACUGGAGUCAAAGAAGAGACAAGAGCCUAAAAGAUGCGAAGAGCAGAAGCAAAUGUGCCGUUAAAACAGCUGUCUCAUGCGAGGAGCUUGACCAAAAAACUCAGUUUGAAGACAUCAAAAAGAAGCGCUGGCAUAGUGCAGAGGCUCUGAUGAGCAAGACCAGCAGGUGGAUAGAGACACAGCAGGGACUGAUGCAAUGGGAGGAAGAGCAAGAGGACAGAGAUGAAGUGACGUCAGACUGUGAGAGCCUUUUCUCUCUCGAUUCGCUGUCCUCUGCUUAUGUGACGGCCCUCACAGAGCAGCUGAGACACGAGGAAGCAGCUCAGAGCGAACCAGAGAGCGAAGACAGUCAGAUGUCUAGAGAUUCAUUAGCUGUGGACAGCAGUGGGAAAUACAAAACUGCGGAAAAACGUAGCGAAACAGUAGUGCCAACAAACUCAUUUGUGACAUAUUCAACCAUGAAGCUAAAUAAAAAUGCAGGAAUCAGUUUGGAUCGAGACGACCGUCAUAAACCUCAGGUAAUCCCAGCAGAGACGUACUCUCCAAAAUUAAGACUGGGAGCUACGAGAAAGCCUCCUUCCCACAGCCCAUUAGUAGCAGAUUCCAGAGGCAGAGACACUGUACACAAAUUGAUUGAGGACUUUGGGAACAUGCAGACCACUUCCACUGUUAGCCCACGCUCCCUGAGCAGCUGGCGUGUGACGGAGCCAGAAAACAUGCUGGCACUCACUGAUGCCUGGUCCUCCACUGAUGCAGCAGACAGUCCCAGGAUUCAUCCAGAUGCUCUGCCUUUCCAAAGUAAAUUGAUUUUUAAAGGUGAAGAGAGCAGUAGCAGUCCCAGUCCAACCAGCCUAAACCAGCGCGGAUCUAGAAGCUGUAGCUCACCAUCCACCAGCACUGAGAGUGUGAAUGUAACAGUGCUAAAACAUGGUCUUGAAGUUGCAAUUAGCACAUCAGAAACAUUGGAUUUGAAAGACUCUUGGAUACUAACAACACCAGAUGAAGCACUAGGAGCUUAUGAGAGGCAAUCAGAGGAAGAAAUAUCCCAAAUCGCAAAGUCAGUCAUAGAUACUCCUGACUACAGGUGCAUCAAAAGUCCAGCCACCUUAUUAACCUUAAACCAAACCACUUGUUUGUCACCCUCUGAGAUCCAGUACACCAAAAAACAAGCAUCACAAGUAAAUAAGGUAUUUAACGAUGUACCUGAGACGGUGUCCUCUGACCUUGAAUCACGUGUGUCAGGUGGUCCUACGAACCGAGGUCAAAUAUUGAGCAAUUUAUCGAACGCUGCAGAUGCCUUCAAACCAUCCAUCGAAGAUAAGGUACUAUGCAGUUUUGAUGGUGCUGAAAAGCUGACAAAUGUUCAGCAAUAUGAGUUUGGGAACACCAAAUACGUGUCUUUUACAAGGGACACACUGUUGGAUGAGGCUGGAACCAAAGUCACUGAGCAGCACAUUUCACUACAGCAGGAACUCGUUAAAUCUGCUUGUAAAAAUUCCAGGAAGAGGAACAAAGACGAAAAGGAGGCUUUCAUCGGCAGCCUGAAAAUUCCAAAAAGGAGCGACGGCGGAGAGCUCGUCACUUUCUGCUCCGCUCCAGUUGGCAGCCAGGAUGAUUCUUGGCCUGAUGACAAUAAUAACACCAGUGACUCAAACGGGGAACAGUCUGCCGCGGAAGCUGACAGCCCCGGAUUUGAUUCUGUUUGUAUUGAUGGCAGCUUAAUCCAAGAGACAAUGGCUUCAGAGGCGUCGCCAGUUUCUGAUCCCAUGAGCAGGAAACUUGGACGUGUCUUUGAGGACUCUGAAUGUCGUGACAAGAGUCCACAGAGAGGUAGCUCAGCGGGGGAGAGGGAAGUAGUUGAAAAGAAAGAUGUAUCAAUACCAACAAAUACCAAAGGUGGGGAAUCACAAAUAGAUAACCCCAGGAAACAUCAAGAAAGUACAAAACACAUAUGCAAGUCAGAUGCUAUUUGUAGCGCCAUUGACCUGAGAAUCUCAGAAGUGGUCAAAGAACACAUGAAAUUGUCUUUGAUUGGCAGCGAUGAUCGCGGGAAGAGUAGGACUCAAAACACGAAGGUCUUGUCAUUCACUGCAUGUCAUGUUGGCUGUAAUACUGAUGAAAAUAGAUGGAUAGAAAGAGAGAGUAGAGAUGAAGUGAGUGAGGAGGUGAAAGAAGGAGCCAUCCUUAACAGAUGCCUUUCACUGGAAAGGAUGGUGAGUGAAAACAUGAUGGACAAAAGUGGACAGCUUGCAUCAGAACUGCCAGCUGAAUUGAAGAUUUGCCAUGAGAGCAACAGGCUCAAAUCUAGUAUAGGAACACAGAAGAUCGACCAUGCUCAUAAUUUGUCUGAUGUGACAUCCAACAAGCCAGCCAUGGAUCCUUAUGUUUUCCAAAAGUCCUCUUCCGAUAACAGCAUGCUAUCAAAUCUGGCAAUGAAUGGCCAUGGAGGGUCUGAGCACUCUUGCAACCCGGCCUUGCAGCCAAUUGGUUCGUCCUCAAUGAGUAAUUCCUCUAUUCAUUCUCAAGGCAACAUUGUGGAAAAAGAUGCUUUGUGUCAAGAAAUGAAUAAUUCAGCGAAACAAAAAGUACCAUCCCAACUUAAUCCGGUCAUCGGUACUACAUGCUUGAAUCAAGUGGACACUCAGAGCUGUUAUAGUGUAAAUGAUGUCCGUAUGGGAGCCUCAAUCACCGUUGAAGACAAACACAGUCGUUCGCACAAACAGAACUUGCAAGGGACCAUACAAGAACAAUUGCAAAAUAGUCCAGACUCAUCUGAAGCCAUUCAAUUAUUAUCGGAUGGUCGAAGUCAAUUAAAACCUGACAAACGCAACAGCAGCCAGAACACAUCCACUAAUGAGCUUUCCUCUAUGAAAUUGCUGGCUGUUUCUCCUGGCUGUAAUGGAGAUGGUGAAACAGUCAACCCGACAGGAGUCAAACCACGUUUAACAGCAGAGGACGAGAUCAUCUGUCCACACACUCAUGCAAGUAACCUGUCUCAGACGUGUGUGGUCAACAUGAACUAUAACAACAAAUUGCAAAAUGUAACACUAUGCAAACAAGAUAUUGUAGCGAAAAAUGACAAAGAGACAGGAUCUAAAUAUGAACUAAGAAUGUCUGGUUCUAUGCAGCCUCAACAAAAUGUACCAAAGGGGGUUGCCAUCCGAAGUAAAAGCUGCCAUGGAUCUUUUAUGUCCAACCAGGUGGAGCUAAAAACACCUGGUGAUGAAAAAGAUAAUUCUGCUCUCAUGUCUAAAAAGGCCAAAUCGAAGCGGUUCAGAAAGACUAAGAUCCAGACCUAUCCCACCUCUUCCUCUGAGUCCUCUCCUAAAUCGUCAGAUGGGGAUGAGGAGGAUGAUACAUCUGCCAGACAGCCUCACAGCCGGCUCUCCUCUAAAUGGGUAAAGCUUGGUAAUGGAAAACAGGAAAUCCAUCAGAGUACAGGUGAAGAUGCAGAUUUCUCUACUGCUGUGUGUGUCAGUAAAUUUCAAAUGCAGGCUGGUUUGGCUGGAACUCAGGGUAAAAGUGAAGUAAUAGCGAGUAGAGACUACAUCCAAAAAACACACUCUUUACCCCCUCGAGCAAUGUCACAGAGGACAAAUGCAGAACAAAUCAUCCCAAAGAAAAGUGACCCGCAGCAGGACUCCUCUAUGCAUUUUGCCUCCAGUGACAUCAACCCUUUUGUUCACCAGUGGCAAGGCGGUGACUCGGACCAACACUGUUAUAAGAACCCAGCUUUCGGAAGUGCCGCUGACCUCUCCUGUAAAUCUCCACUUCUGAACAGCACUGAGAAACGUAUAACGAGAUGCUGCAGUGUGGAGAAUGGAUUGAAUGGGCAGAACUCGCCUUUCUAUUCCCAUCUGAGCACUUACGCCACCAACAAGGGGCUCUCCAGUACGCUCAGCAGUAUCGAAGAUUACAAGGAACAGGAAAGCGAAACAUCUCAGCUAUCGCCCCGUCAACAAGCUCCCGCUGAUAUUCACAAUCAUCUAGCCAAUCUUUCAGUGAGCGGCAAUUCUUCGAGUAACGAUGUUCAAAAUGGUUUCAACUCCACUCGGGUGGAGGAAAUGAUGGUUGUGCACUCGUCUGAGCAAGAGUGCCAGACAAGCAAAACACACGCCCACAGAAGAAGAACAUGUGAGCACAGCACUCAAACCGAGCGUGGCCUUCAGACAGUAAAUAUUGUUCCAAAGAGAAGAGAGCGGCACAAAAGAAGUUACACUGAUGAACCUGCAAAAACCAAAGACAUUAAAGAAUCUCCAACAUGGGCCAGUAUGGAAAGCAUGUCGGCUCACCUCUCAAAGCUGAUCGACAGCACCUCCGACCUGCUGGGGGACGUCCAGGAAAUGAGAACAGGCGAAGCCCUCAAGUCCAGUCUGCGGAGGAGUGUUAACGUGUCAGAUAUCAGCCUCUCUUACAGCGAGUCUAAUGGCCACAUACAGAGAGACUGCUCGACUCAAACAGCCGUAGAUAUUGGGAUCCAAACGGAGAGGUGUUCAGCAGCAGCAGCAGCAGCAGCAGCAGCAGAGAGGGAAAUCGCUGCUCAUCAAACGCCAAGUGAAAGGUCCAAAUCUCAUGAAGUCAAUGUCAUUGUCAAAGUGAUCGGUUCUGAGGUUUUCAGUGUUUCCCAAGACAGAAAUGUGCACUGUGCUGUGAAGAGAACAGAUGAAAAGAUGCAGAGCAUGCCUGACCUGAGCGCUAACACCUCUGCUGCAGCACAAAGGUCCGCCUCACACUCGGAGAAUGCCCCUCAGAAAACGUCUCCUUUAAAGUCCGCGGGUGAAAGUCAAAGACAUGUAAGAUCUGCUUUCUCUAGAAGCUCAAAGCUAAACACGCCCGAGGCACUCUGCCACAAAGGUGCUGCGAUAUCUGAAGUCUCAAACAGAUUAUCGAAAAACGGCUGCCAAGGAAAUCACAGUCCCUCUUUGAGAAAUGACCCACUGCUUUCUAUAAAGAAACAAGCAACAUACACAGACCGGGCAUCAUCCCCCAUACGCACUGUGGGAACAAGAUUACAUUUGAAACCGAAGGGAAAGCAAUCAACACUAAAUAAACACCCUAGUUCUGAGAAAGAUAACCUUACUUUGUCUUCUAGCAAACAAUCUGCUCGCACGACUGUUUCACAAAAUGGUCAAACGCGCAGACAGGAUUGCGAUGUUUCCUCUUGGAAAUCAGAAUCUGUAUCACUAGAGAAGGUGAGUGAAAUGAGCGGCUUAAGCCCUAAAAGCUCAGAUAAGUGUUCUUUGAGUGUUAUUUCAUCACGGGGUAGAUAUUCAGACACUGACAGGAGAGAUGUUUCCUAUGAAGACUCCAAAUGGCAGAUGAGAUCUCACCAGUGGAAGACGUCUGCAUUAACAAAAGACUCAGCAAUGCCGAACAACAUCUCUCCCAUUUUAAGACCCACUGAUAUGCACAAACAAGCUCAAGCUACACAUGGAAAAACAUCAAGAGCUGCAGUGGACUCUUUAGAUAUUUGCCAUGAUUCUUACAACCUAUCACAGGUCAGUUACAGGACUGAUGAACUUCAGGAGGAUGAUGCGUUGUCACUGGCACCCAGCGAGUGCAACACAGACAUCCUUGUAAACAUCAAACCGAUCACCAGCCUGUCCACGUCUCAUCCCCACCCGAUAGCCCCAGAAGACCUGCCAAUGCACAAUAAGUUCACUAACUGGUCCGGCAUCAGCCUACGACAAUCAAAGCACUCCAACAAACCGGCCACGUGUCUUACCAAAGAGCACUUAAAGAGCAGAAACUGCGCUGAGUGGGGCGAGAUGGAGAGCUUCGGCUCAAAUGAAGAGUCCAUGGUGCAGAGCGACAGAAGGACGAGAGAGAUAGAGAGGCUGCGACAGGAGAGGGAGCAGGUGAUGGCGACGGUCAGCCUCAACAUGAAGCAGACCCCGCUGACUGUGGAGCUGACGGAGGCAAAGCUGCACUACGGCCUGGGAGAGACAGACACGAUGUUAAAAAUGUUGUCCCCGAGGAACAGAGAAGAGAUGGAGCCACCAGCUUCUGAGAACACCAAACAGCAGCUGUAUGAAAGACACCGCAGGAGUAUUGAGGGUUUGAGGCAGGACAGGGAGGAACGUCUCCAUAUUUCCCGCAGAGCUCGCAGUCUGAGUCCAAGCAAACAUCCUCGCUCCUCCCCACCAGAGGCCGUCUCCACCAAGGUGUCUGCCGCCAUGCCCAGUCAGCGUAAAGAGUCCCUGCAACAGAGCACUCUACCAGAGCCUCCAAAAGCAGAGGGCCAGUGUCCGUCUGACAUUGAGCAGCUGUUGCGUGACUACGGCCGAGCCCGAGAGGAAGCCAGGACGGAGAUUGCGAAGGCACGAGAACGACUGCGAGAAAGAACUGAGCAGGAGAAGAGGAGGCUUCAGCAGCAGGCCGUUUCUCAGGAAGCCAAGGAUGACUCGAGGCACCGGACCAGAGUCAGUAACAGCACCCUGUGCACCGGAUCCAGCCUGAGCCUUUCCUCUGGACCAACGUCCGGGUACAACAGCGGCAACACCGCACAGCUGCUGCCCGGCAACAGGCCUCUUCUGACGGGACAGAUCACAGCGGUACAGGAUGAAGAGCUGAAGGUCCGGACACGUCCUCCUAUAUGUGGUCCUCAGAGUGUGAAGUCACAGAGAGCCUGGCUGUCUGCCCAUGAUGUUCGUCUUGAGCCUCCUGUCAGCGGGUUUGAUCCCCUCAUGACUUCAUCUCCAUCCCCCACAUCUACACGUCAACGCACCGCUUCUUUUGGCUCAUCCUCUUCCAUAUCCUCAACCUAUCAAGACAUCACAUCCGGUCUCCUCGGUCGAGCUCUGGCUGAGGUGCGACUAGCUUCCUCUGGAGAUUUGAGCAACCUGCUAAUGGGCAAGGCCACGGCAGGCUGGAGGCACCAGGGAGAAGAAAGAGGGGUCCAGGCUUUCUACAAGCCCUCCGCCAGCCCGUCUGUGCACAGUUUCCUGGCGGUCGGGGAGCUGGACAGACCCCUGCUCAGUCUGUGGAAGAUAAUCCGCCAGCUGUCGAGGAGCCACAUGUUCCAUCAGUCCGUGCGCUCUGUGUGGACUCGACCACUAGAUGACAGCACUCAGCUGGUUUAUGUACUAACAGAUCCGUCCUCCUGCCACCUCAGCCAGCCGCGGGACUUCUGCUGCAUCAGCACUGAAUCCAAACAGGGUGGCUUGUGCGUGCUGGCAAUGCAGUCCGUGUUCGAGGAGUCUCUGCCUCGACCCAGUGUGGACGCCGUUCGGGGGGAGAUGAUGCCCAGCUGCUGGGUCCUGCAGCCAAUUACACGUAACGGACAGGAAGCCACCAGGGUCAUCUACCUGCUGCAGGUGGACCUAGGGACUCCAUCUUUCCCCCCCCGCCUGUUGAACACUGUUGCCAGGAGACAUGCAGCUGUCGUCGCUGAUCUGGAUGUUUUCCUCACAAAAUCCACAGGACUCAUGAAGACGCCUCAGCAGUGAGCACUUCGACUAAAACCGUCUCCAGCUUGGAGUUAGUCUGACUUUUACAUUUGCACCUGAGAUUUGUUUACUUGACUUGUUCUGGUAUACUCUAAAAGCACUGUUAAUGUAUAUUGAUGCCCAGUUACAAAGUUGAAGCAGCUUUUUUUUAUAUGAAGGUAUUUUUUAUAAAAUAUUGAAACUGUAUUUUUGUAUUUGUAAUGUACAUAAAAGCUUGUAACAAUCAUACACCUAUUUGACCAAAGAUAGAUUAGAAGCCAAAAAGAAAGAACUUUGCAGGACACAUUUAAUGUACUGCAUUUAGAUUUAGACAGCUUUUUUUAAUUAAUUAUCCAAGGCUACAAAGUUGAUCCAACUUUUCAACAUCAUUUAUGUGCUGAAAUAGUUUUAUAAUAAUCUAAUAGGUAUCAGCCCUUAAUGCCUGUUUGCAAUAUGGAGUCUUGAUUUCUACCAUAUUGUAAGGUGGACAUCCACAUUUUUGUAAACAAAGUCACAGCUAGACAACCUUUAAAUUGAAGUUAAAGAGUCGGUCAACACAUAAUCUAAGGUUACACUGAUUUGAUGUUCAUUUACAACUCAAGUGUGAUUUGGCUAGUGUUUACUUUCUAUGUAUCGCUAUAAGAUAGAUGAAUACAUAUGCUUUCUGUCAGCAUAGAUGCAUGAUGAAGGGGAUUUGUCAGAUAUGAUAAUGAAAUUAACGGUGAAUGACUGAGACGUACUUACAAGGGGAAGUAUUUGAAGGUCAGUUUAUAUCCUAUUAUUGUCAAGGGAAGGAAAACCACAUCCAAACAUAUGAAGGAAAUAUUUGCAAACUUUGUUUAACCCUGAUUUGUUACAGUACAGUAUAUGUAUUUAUUUCCUCAAGCAUAUUCAACCACUCACAAAAGAUUAUUUUAUUGCAGGAAAUAACCAUUUUAUUGUCCUUCAUCUGUUUUUGUAGCAAAAGGAUUAAGGCAAAUGUAUUUAAGGGACCGGAACAUAUUAAGGGGGAGAAGAGGUCAGAAAAAUGUGAGAGGAGGGGGAAAAGUAAGAUACUCUGAGCAGGGCGAAUAUUUAUUUCACUGUUUUUAUAUAUGCCUCUAAAAUGAAUAGUUACAAUAAAAAGACAGCUUUUAAAAAAAUCUAACAAAACAUUGAGAACCCUGGGGGCGUGCCUUUCUUCCUUGACAAUAUAUGUAAAUAUAUAUAUUCACACCCCCUUCUCAUUUCCCCAUAUCUUUCCUACAGUCCCUAAGCUAUGUGUUGAACAGUAAGGUGGUGUAUUGAAGGAAUCCUAAUAACCAUUUUUCUUACUCUUUAUCCGUUAUAUUUAAUGUAUGUGUUUGUCUGCACAUUUGAAACCACUCGACCAAACUCACUGCAAAAACAAGUCAUAAAACAGUUUUGUGCCUAAGAAGUGGGUUAGAAAAAGAAACCAAAGCUCUCUGGUUCAUUCUGUGUCCUUCAGCAAGAAUAAUCCAGAGAAAAAGAUAAGAGAAUCCAGGAAUGAUGCUCUACAACGGACUGUACCCUCCUUUAACUUCAUUGUGAAAGCCGCAUUAAGAUAUGACCGCAAUAUGGUACCUGAAUCUGUAAAAGCUGAGUUUAACGCCCUUUUUGUUUCUGAAGUCUAUUUAUUUUGUUCCUCUUGCCUUCUGUUUGAGAAAUGCUGUUGAAUGUGUUUUAUAAUAGUGAUGGAGUUUUUAUUUUUGUUAUGAGCACAGCAUGGUGCUGUGUUUACAGCUGCUUGCACAAAACCCUUAAUGCAUUUAUUGACGUUACGUGUUUGAAACGUGUUUUUGUUUGUAGUUAAAUGCUAUGCAGACGCUGAUCGAAGGCAGCACUGUUCACUGGGUCAGCUGUACCCAGAUAUGAAGCCAUAUUAUAUACAGUAGUCUGAGGUGGAGGACCGUUUUGGCAGCGCUCAGUUUGAUACCAAAGAUGUUCCCAAGGCAACCAAAGACAAAGACACAAGUACUGAGGACACGCAGGGAAGGAUGACUUUUUGUAAUUAUGUUUUUUUAUAUGUUCCCAAGUGCUCAAUUCAUUUUGUAAAAAGCAUGUUAUUUAUGUUUUGACUUUGUGUUGUAAAUGUAUUUUAUUAUAAACGCCUUGCUUCCUGUUGCUAAGUGUUUUUAACGAAUACAAUAUUUAAAAUGAA